AUGGCGGCUGAUCCUAAGGCAAUUCGCCGCUAUCAUGCGGGCGUCGAGAGGGCCCUUGGUCUAUUUGAUGCCACCAACGAAUGGGCAGAUUACAUCGCCUUCCUCAGCCGCCUUGCAAAGGCGUUGCAGGCGUCUCCUCCCAAUGCCGACGUGCCUUUGAAGUCUACUUUGGCCAAGUACCUUGCCUUAUGCUUAAAGCCAUCCCUACCUUCAGGGGUGCAUCAGAAAGCUUUGGAAGUCUACAACCUAGUCUUCACUCUACUUGGUAAAGACGGCUUGUCCCGCGACUUGCCUAUCUGGCUCCCUGGCGUCUCUCACACUCUCACUUUUGCCUCGCUGAGCACGAGGCCCUUGUUCCUCUCUCUCUACGACGAACACAUUUUGAUGCUGCCAAGCCAUAUCUUGAGACCCGCAUUGAGGGCCAUCGUCCUGUCUCUGCUUCCAGGUAUAGAGGAGGAAAACAGUGAGGAUUUUGACCGCACACUGGGGACCUUCAAUCAUCUCAGAGAGAUUUUUGCGGAGGACGAUUCCGAGGAACUAUUUUGGCAAAGUCUGUUCCUCGCCUCAAUCACGAGCAAGAGUAGACGGCCGGGCGCCCUUGUUUACUUGACGCGACAGCUUCCAAAAUUGGGGCCAAGCAUCAAUCAGAGCCAUGCUCAAAAUGGGGAAGACACAAAUGCUUCGGAUACCCUGGAGCACGCCACCAAAGCAGUGACGACUCCCGAACCGGGUCUCCUUGUACGGUGUUUCGCGACUGGGCUUCAAGAUGAACAGGCAUUGGUCCAGCGCGGAUUUCUUGAUCUUUUGGUUUCUCACCUCCCGCUCAGCGCUCCCAUUCUCCAGACCCAUAUUCCCAAGAAUGAUUUAGAUGUCCUGGUCACUUCUGCAAUGUUUGUCGUCUUAAGAAGGGACAUGAGCUUGAACCGGCGCCUGUGGACAUGGUUCAUUGGCAAGGAAGAUAAACGAGAGGGCUCGACUGACAUGUUACCGGGAUCAGCUGUUGAGCCUACGUCCCCAUCAGGCCAAGGCAAAGUGGCCCCGGCAUCUAGCAGACGCAACUAUUUCGAGAAUUAUGGGCUACAGUCCGUGAUACGCAGCGUCGAAAAGAUGUUGCAAAAGGAGUUUGUAUCACCUGUGGACAGAGCCCGUCCUUUCCGUAUAAUGCUUUCACUGAUGGAUCGUUGGAUCAUCGGAAAGCUACCUGUCGAAGCCUUGUUCAUUCCGGCGAUGCAAGAUUUACAGCGAUACCAGACAACAGCACCGUCGCAAGCCUCGUUCGACGAGGUUUUCCGAAGCGCUAAUGUAUUCUUCGAUGCCAUCGAGCCUCAGUUGCUAACUAGUCAACUAUUUCAACUUCUUGAUCAGAGAGAGUUGGGCCUGGUCGAAUUUAUCAUGUCAAACUUCAAUCUACAGGAAGAUGAAAUGACAGCGAUACAUCUGCCACUGGUGUGCCUAGCGGUCUCUGAAAUGAUCCUGGGGCACAAAAGUUCAAGUUCGACUGAGGCUAACCCAGAAGCAGAACAAUUGACAAAGCUGCUGGAAAGCCUGUUCGCCCUGCUCCCACCGCAACCUGUGGGGGCGUCUAGCGAGACAAUAGAUGACAUCCCCAAGGACGGCUGGAUGACGAGGAUCAAGGCCCUAUAUGAAAACUCUUCCUACGUCAAGAAGGCUCUGAUCGAUAUCAUUUCUCCUGCAGGGGCAGCUCAACUGUUGCUCCGAAACGUUGCGCUCAUCGUUCUCGACUGCUUAAACAAGCCAAGUCAUCAGAAGUUACUCGGACCCUCUGCAAAAGCUCUCGCCAGAGCUAUAUCCAGGAGCAGCACGUUGCAGACAUUGCGUCAGCUUGACUUUGGCAGCCAGCUUUAUCCGAUACUGCGUAACUUGCCUUCACAGACGAGCUUGAGGUACGAGAUGGUGAGGACGGUUGCAGUCAUAGUCGACACCCUUCACGCUUUUGACCCUGGCAGCGAGACGCUCACAGAACGCCAUUUGCUCAAUCUCGUACCAGAGCUUGUCUCCCAAUUCUGGGCUGUUCUUCCUCCUCGGACGCCACAAUACCACGUCGAGGCCGUCGAACAGAUAUGGAAACAUCGCCUUAUCUCGCAACACUUACUUCUGGUGGACAGCAAGAUCAUGGAACUCAUGUGUGGAGAGCCUUCAACACGAGCAGUUCUGGCAGAACAGAUGGCACGCUUUUCGACGCUGUGGCAACACACUCGGUUUCCAGAGAUCAAUGUGGAGAUGUUCUCAACGACUGUCCGUUUCGAGGAUGAUGAAGUGCCGUGGGCUCUGCUACGGCAGCCUGUCCUGAGCGUGAUCGAUGGCCUGGAUCUUUCUCAGUCGGAUGAUCCGCGUCGAGUGUGGCUGAAUAAUCUGCCAUCGAUCAUUCCAGUAUUCAGGAUCGCUUACGUUGAAUCUGUCGGUGCCUCGACUCCUCAGCUCUCUAUUUUGGGUCUCCACCGGCUACAAAAAGUCUUGACCAUUGUCCGACAAUCCAAUGUGCAGCGUCACGAAAUAUUUGCGCCGGACGGAUUUUCCGAGAUGAUACUUGACCUGUGUGUGGAGAAGGUCUCCUCUGAGCAAGACGAGGCAUCGAUCAAGAUGGUCCUUUCAAUGCUGCGCAUGGUCAUAGAGGAAACCGAUGUUCGGAGUCUCCAUACGUUGGUAUCUCUGCUGAUGCAACGGUUAACCAGCGUGGCUGAUGAUAGCUCGCUUCAGGAGGACAUCCUCGACACUUUGCGGACGACUUUCACAAAGCCCAAUGCUGGGCCUCCCCCAAAUGAUCUCUUGACGACGCUGAUGACAGGCAUAUCAUCAAAGCCGAUCGACUCAACCAUUGACAAGUGGAUCACAGUGCUUUGCAACACCAUCCCCUUAUACACUACACAGACACUUUUUGCAAACAUGCUGAAACUAACAGCCUGCCUUUGCCAACGAAUCAGGGCGUACUUUGAGCAGAUGCAGCUUUUGUUUGAGAAGCCAUUGCCCACAGUCCAGAUCAAUGGUGAAGAUGCCUCGCCGAGUGCGCAGAAUCCAGAGCGGUCCCUCGGGAAUCUUCUUGCAGGCCUCGAAUACAUUCUGGCCAGGGCGCACACACAUCUGCUAGACCAGGCAGCUGGGCCCGAGUCCGCGAGCUCCAAUGCCACAGACAUGUCCCAGGUGCGAUCGAUCGCCAACAGCCGGCUCACGGUUAUCCUUUGCAUGCAGGACACUAUCAAACUCUGUGGCGAGAUCUGGGCUUGGAGAUUGUUGAAAAGAUCAUCUGACGCGAUGCCCGACACCAAGUCUUUCGCCUAUAUAUCCGCUCGACUCCGCACCAGGACGCGAAGGAUUCUGGAGCACCUUACCGACGCCGAGCCGCAGGAAUGCCUCGAAACGUUGAUGGGCAUGUGGGUUGAUGCCGCCCGACGAGGUACUGAGCUCGAUGUCACCCUGAAUCUGAUGCAGAGCCUUGACGGAGCGCGGCCCAAGUUCAUGAUGCCAGCCACCUUCAAUGCUAUCUACAACCGAACCAAUCCAGCCGCGCUUGACCAGGCUCAAAAAUCAAGUUUGUCGGUUGAUGUAAGUGCACCUGAGCUCAUGGCAUUCCUGAUAGCCUACACAAAGGCUCUGGAGGACGACCUGCUGGAAGAAAUUUGGACCGAUUGUACGGCCUUCUUGCGGGAAGUCCUCGCCAACCCGAUGCCCCAUCGUCAAAUUCUGCUCCGGCUUCUGGAAUUCGUCGCAGUCAUCUGUCAGAAGAUGGAGAACACAAAUUUUGGGGAGGUUUUGAGGAUGCGGCGAGACUUGAGCGACCUCUGUGCCCGGCUUUUCACUGCCAUCUUCACCAUUCGACCGGCUGGCCUUGACACGACGUCGCAACGCCCAUCCGAGACGACCACAGGCCAUCGGAACAGCCCGUUGCAGGCUGGAAAUGCCAUUCACAUCAUCUGCGAGGCGUUACCGAUCAUCGGAAAUGCCCUUGGAGAGCUCGACAGGCUCAACACCACCAUGUCUGGGAUCGCCUUACAUAUUACGGGACCGGCGCUGCGAUCGCGACAGUUCCCACAGUCUGUCAGCAUUGACAUCCUGCAGCUGGUCCACCUCAUGGCCAAAUCGCAGCCGAGCAACAAAACAUGGAAGAAGGACGUGCUGGACGCCUACAACGACGCCAAAUUCUUCCAGUCGCCUGCUCCGCUGGCUGAGAUGGGCUGGAUGCCACUGUUGAAACAAGUCUGGCUGUCCGAUAAGGGUCUGCUGAUCGAGCUUCUUUCCAGGUUGACGCCACCCACUACCGCGGGCUUGAUGUUUGGCGUUGGAGCCACAGCAGCGCGCACAGAGGCGGACAGACGCACACAACUCACCCUGAGGAGGGUGGCACUGCUCCUGCUUGCCGCUGAUGUGGACGCAUUCGUGUCGGACUUCGGCCAGGUAAUGCUCAGAAUGGAAGAACUCUUGACUGCUACGGUGUCGUCCUCGCCCUCGUCAGGUACCCGCGGAGACAUUUACCUGGUGCUUCGGGCGAUAAUUCUGGCCUACUCUCACGUCCACUUGGUCUCGAUCUGGCCGAUUGUGGAUGCGGAGCUUCGUGAGCUCUUUACAAGCCUACAACAGGGCGAGGGGUCUCGUUUUACCAGCUACUCGCAGUUGCAGGGCGCCAAGCUGUUAGAUCUCCUUUUGCUCCUGAAGCCGGAGGAGUUUCAGUUGCACGAAUGGCUGUUUAUCACCGACACCGUCGACGCUGUGUACCCUCCUCAUGACAUUGAGUCGGUGGCAAUGGCUGAUCAGAUAGUGGGCAAGGGAACGAGGGAAAUUGAGAUGCCCACGGUCUCAGAGGACGAGGCGAGGAAGCCAUGGCUGUGUACAGAAUUGACCCGGACCACUGAAGACCCUCAGGCGCUUCUGAUGCCCUUCUUCAGACAGUUGAGCAUCCACGCCUUUGAAGACACAUACAGCCUUCAACCUGUGGACAUUGAAGCCUGCCGAAAGGAUCUUGUGGCGGAUUUAUUCGUGGAUUGA